CAAAAUUCAGCCCAUUAAAAAAGAAUCAUAUUUCUUAAAUUUUUUAUUCUUUUUGUAGUGUAUUAUUGAUUUUUGGUAUGUUUUUUUCCCCCUCGUCUCUUCCACUUAUCGAAGGUCGGGGGGAGAGACGGGCACUUGAGCUGAAAAUAGAAAAAAGUGAGAGAGAGACGAAGGUUUUUUUGCUUCGUUAAUGGCGGUUAGGGUUUUCUUUUGAUCUCCCCUCCAAAAGAAACCUUAGUCUCUCCCGCCUAAUAUUUCAGAUCCCGCGCUUUCUCUCUCUUCUCGUUACCGGAAAACCCUAACUAGAGGUUUCCUCAAUCUUUCAAUUUAACUUCGAUUUUUCAGUCUCUAGGAAUCCUCGUGGUUAUUUUGGAUUCAAAACGUUUGAAAUCGGAAAGCGAGAAGCUGUGAUGGGCGCUCAAGAGAAGCCUCAAGGCAACGCCAACUCGAUGCAGCGAGUAAAGGUCUAUCGUUUGAAUGAUGAUGGUAAAUGGGAUGACCAGGGAACUGGGCAUGUCACUGUUGAUUAUUUGGAGAGAUCAGAGGAGCUUGCUUUGUUUGUUUUCGAUGAAGAAGACAAUGAGACAUUGCUUUCGCACCGUAUCAGCCCUGAUGACAUUUACAGAAAGCAAGAAGAUACAAUCAUAUCAUGGAGAGACUCAGAAUAUUGUACAGACUUAGCUCUUAGUUUUCAAGAAAAUACAGGAUGCUCUUACAUAUGGGAACACAUCUUCAAGGCGCAAAGAAAUAUGCAUUUCAAUGCUCUUAACCAUGAGACAUUUCACACAAUGAAUAAUGAGUUGAGGGAGUUGCCUGCUGUGGAGCUUUCCACUCUCCCCAUAAUCCUCAAGAUUGUCACCGAGAGUAGCCUUGCUGAUCAGAUGCAGCUGACAGAACUUAUAUUAAAUGAUCAAGCUUUCUUCCAGAAGCUGAUGGAGCUAUUCAGAAUAUGUGAAGAUUUGGAAAAUGUAGAUGGUCUUCACAUGAUAUUUAAAAUUGUGAAGGGGAUAAUUAUGCUCAAUAGUCCUCAAGUUUUUGAGAAAAUAUUUGGGGAUGAAUUAAUCAUUGAUAUUAUCGGUUCCCUAGAAUAUGAUCCUUUUAUUCCCCAGGUGCAACAAUAUCGUAAAUUUCUGAAAGAACAUGCUGUUUUUAAGGAGGUCAUUCCUUUUAAAAAUCCGGUAGUCUUGUCAAAGAUACACCAGACAUACCGAGUUGGUUAUCUGAAGGAUGUUGUUUUGGCAAGGGUAUUGGAUGAGGCCACAGUUGCCAGUUUGAAUUCUAUAAUUCAUUCGAAUAAUGCUAUUGUUAUUUCUUUAUUGAAGGACGAUAGCACGUUUAUUCAAGAAUUGUUUGCAAGGCUGAGGUCGCCAACCACAUCUGCUGAAUCAAAGAAAAAUCUGGUAUAUUUCCUGCAUGAAUUUUGUAGUUUAAGCAAGAGUCUGCAGAUGGCACAGCAGCUUCCAAUAUUUAGGGAUCUUAUGAAUGAAGGUAUCGUUGACACUAUAACUGAUGCUUUGCAGAGUGAAGAUAAAAAGAUUGUACUAAUGGGGACAGACAUCCUCAUAUUAUUCUUGAAUCAGGAUCCAAACCUUCUGCGAUCUUAUGUUGUUCGUCAGGAAGAAAAUCUACUUUUAGGACUUCUGGUUAAAGGGAUGAUAACAGAUUUUGGAGAGGAUAUGCACUGCCAAUUUCUUGAAAUUCUUCGUAGUUUGCUAGAUUCGGUCACAUUUACUGGAGCUCAGAGAGAUACAAUUGUUGAAACUUUUUAUGAGAAACACUUGGGCCAGCUAAUUGAUGUUAUAAUAUUAUCGUGUCCUGAUGAUGAGGCUGGCGUGUCAACCGGUAAAUUGGCAGGCACUGCAGGGAGAGUUGAAAUCCAAAAUAGCACAAAGCCUGAAAUUCUGUUAAACAUAUGUGAAUUGUUGUGCUUUUGUGUUGUCCACCAUCCAUAUAGAAUAAAGUGUAAUUUUCUCCUUAACAAUGCCAUAGACAAAGUUUUGUUACUUACGCAGAGAAGGGAAAAAUACCUUGUAGCUGCUGCAGUUCGCUUUGUUCGCACUAUUCUCUCUCAUCAUGAUGAACAUUUGAUAAGUCACUUUGUCAAGAACAGCCUUCUCAAAUCAAUUGUAGAUGCUUUUGUUGCUAACGGUAAUCGUUACAAUGUGCUGAAUUCUGCAGUCUUGGAACUUUUUGAAUAUAUCCGCAAGGAAAACCUGAAAUUAUUGGUUAAACAUAUAGUUGAUUCAUUUUGGAAUCAGUUGGUAAAGUUUGAGCACUUGCCUUCUCUUCAGUCUUUCAAAGUCAAAUACAAGCAGUUGGAAAAUUGUGGACCCGAAAUGAAUGUUAAUGCACCGGACCCAAGAAAACGGAUUGAUGAGCGUGCUUUGGAGAAAGAAGAGGAAGACUAUUUUAAUGAGGAGAGUGAUGAAGAGGAUACAACAUCUGGAUCUCAUCCUGAGAAAGUGCAAUCUCAGCCUGUUUUAUCCAAUGGAGUUGCUGUCAGCUGCCCAUUGUCAUGCCCUAGAUCUGGUGGGCUUGUUGACUAUGAUGAUGGCGAUGAAGACUACAGACCACCUCCAAGGAAACAGACUGAAAACUCGGAGGAUGAUGAAGGAAGCAUGGAGUCCCUUGGCUUGAAGCGUAAGUUGACUCCUAAGGAAAAGGAACCUGGGCUAGCUAAGAAGCAGCGUUUGGGUAAAAGCUCUAAACCAAGAGAUAGUGUAUUUGCGGCUUUGUGUUCAACCCUAAGCCAGGCAGUGCUGCCUAGUAAGAAAACCGCAAAUGCCAUGCAUUUAUCUACUCAAUCAGGUGAGGAGAAUCAUAUUGAAAAGGAAUCUGGCAGUCCCAGAAGUUAUGAUAACAAAAGUCCAAACGAGGGCAACCUUAGAGGGAAAGAAUCUCCUAGAAACUGUUCAGAUUACCUGCAUAGCCCUUCAGACAAUAGACAAUUAAGUGGAGAGGAUCCCCGUCCGUUGCUACCAUCAAAGUCAUCACCUGAAAUGGCUGUAAAUGGAUCAUGAGUUGAAUCCCAGAAUCAUUCGUUAUACGCAGGGUAACUUGUUUCCUUGUUUGUUUUAUUUUAGCUAUAGGAUGUGCUUGGUUGACUAAACAAUCUUGGGCUACCAAAGGAAAAGUGAACUCACAAGAAAGAGCCGGAUGCGAAGAAAGCUUGGAAUUCUGAAAUGUUCAUCGGAGGGGAAGAACAUGUAUAGAUCUACCAGGCCUGCCUGAUGCUUUGAGCCGCUCCAUCAACUAAAACAUUGUCUGUUUUAACUUUUUCCCCUUUUUUCCUAUAGAAAAAAAAAGAACUUUUAUUGUUCCAUUUAGAUUUGUGAACUAACUAAUAGAAUGGGGCAGUAAUAUUUCCCCUGCAUAGUAUUAGUACCGGCUUCCUUUUGUUCAUUUUUGUGGUGAGUGUGCCUGUUAUAUACGUAUAGAUAGAGGAGAUGAGAGGAUCUAGGAUGACAAUGGGUGAGGAGGCAAAAUUUUCCCGAACUGUAGCUGAAACCUCAUUUAUAAACCCACUUGUAAAUAGUUAUUCGCAAACUUCACCUUGUAAUUCCGCAUUAAAUCCGCUAAACCCCCCAAUAUACUUGUUUUACUGAUUUGAAGAA